UUGCAGAUUUUUGUUUGAACAGAGAAGUAGUGAAAGAGAAGGUACAACCUAUCAGCUCAUCAUGUCCCUAGCAGAUGAACUUUUAGCUGAUCUUGAAGAUGAUGCAGGAGAGGAUGAAGAAAAUGAAGAUGUGAAGCAGGAAGAUGUGGACAUGGAGGCUGCCAUCACACCAGCAGCUGCUCUUCUGGGAACUAAGUUUCAUGUUGACAAAGAUCAGAAAGAAGAUGUGAAGGUGAAGACUGUGGAUCAGGUAGCAAAACUAUGGGGAUCAGACCAGUUACAGAUGAUCAUGGCUGCCAUGGAAGAAUGCAUGGCAAAUCAACGCACAGCUGAGCAGCAGAUGGGCCCUGUUGAAGCUGAUCCUGAAUAUCAAUUAAUUGUUGAAGCCAAUAAUCUGGCAGUGGAAAUAGACAAUGAGAUCUUGGUGAUUCAUAAGUUUGUGAGGGACAAGUAUUCAAAGCGCUUCCCAGAAUUGGAGAGUCUUGUUGUGGCCCCCCUUGAGUAUAUGAUGACAGUGAAGGAGCUUGGGAAUGACCUGGAGGCUGCCAAAAAUAAUGAAGCCCUUCCUCAAUUCCUCACCCAAGCCACCAUCAUGGUGGUCACUGUCACUGCAUCCACCACCCAGGGGGAGCAAUUGACGGAGAAGGAGUUAGAAGCCAUUAGGCAGGCUUGUGUCAUGGCCAUUGAACUGAAUGAUUGCAAGCUGAAGAUCUAUGAAUACGUAGAGAGUCGAAUGACAUUCAUUGCUCCCAAUCUAUCAGCAGUUCUUGGAGCUGCUACUGCUGCAAAAGUCAUGGGUGUGGCAGGAGGCCUGACAAAUUUGGCCAAAAUGCCUGCAUGUAAUAUGCUUCUUCUGGGUGCACAGAAGAAGAAUCUUUCUGGAUUCUCUCAGGUCACCAUGCUUCCCCACACAGGAUUCAUCUACUAUUGUCCCCUUGUUCAGGAAAUGCCACCUGACCUGAGGCGGAAGACAGCUCGCCUGGUGGCCUGCAAAAGUAUCUUGGCGGCUCGUGUCGAUGCAUCGCAUGAGAGCACAGAUGGAAUGAUUGGAAGAAUGUUCCAUGAGCAGAUUGAAAAGAAGAAGGAUAAAUGGCAGGAACCACCACCAGUGAAAGCAGUAAAACCCCUUCCAGCUCCGAUAGAUGCACCACGCAAGAAACGAGGUGGCCGCCGUGUACGCAAGAUGAAGGAACGCUAUGCCAUGACUGAGCUUCGGAAACAGGCCAAUCGGGUCACUUUUGGCGCUAUUGAGGAGGAUGCCUAUCAAGAAGAUCUGGGACUGAGCCUUGGCCAAAUGAAGAAAUCACAAGGGGGUCGCAUCCGAGCAGCACAGGUAGACGAGAAGACCAAGGUGCGCAUAUCCAAAACACUGCAGAAGACACUUCAGCGUAGUCAGGCCAUAUUUGGAGGGAGCACAACAGUCAAAAAACCUGUUGCAGGCACAGCUUCUAGUGUUGCAUUCACUCCUCUCCAGGGUCUAGAGAUUGUGAAUCCCCAAGCAGCUGAAAAACCUGGGGAUGAAUCUACAGCUAAGUACUUCUCUAAUACAGCAAGUUUCUUCAAGAUCAGCAAUUCUUAACAUGCCUGUGAUUUUUUUUGUAUUGAGACUGUCUUUCCUGUGUCUAAUAAAUGUAAAAUAAAUCUCA